AAAAUUGGAAGACAUAGCGAAAAUAAGGGAUGUGUUUUGAGUUGCGCAUCUCGCCCGUCCUUUCCCAAUCCUCGUGUGGAACAGCGGUGGACAAGAUGCCACAGUUCGUCAACGGCAAGAUCACCAAGUCGCACCCGCCUGAUGAGUUCGAGACGUCCAUCGGGCAGACCUUGCUUGACCUGGAGAUGAACUCUGAACUCAAGGCGCAGCUGAGAGAACUUUCUAUCACUGGUGCCAAACAGAUCGAUGUGGGCGACAAGAAGUGCAUUGCCAUCUUCGUUCCUGUGCCCCUGCUGAGGUCCUUCCAGAGGGUACAGCAGCGUCUGGUGAGGGAGCUGGAGAAGAAAUUUAGCGGCAAGCAUGUUGUUGUUAUUGCUCAGCGUCGAAUCCUUGCCAAGCCUACCAGGAAGAUGAAGAAUCCACCUAAGCAAAAGAGGCCUAGGAGCCGUACCCUGACCUGCGUGCACGACAACAUUCUGGAGGACCUCGUGUUCCCGGCGGAGAUCGUGGGCAAGAGAAUCCGAGUGAGGCUGGACGGUUCGCGGCUCAUCAAAGUUCACCUCGACAAGGCCCAGCAGACCAACAUUGAACACAAGGUGGACACGUUCGCUGCUGUCUACAAGAAGCUGACAGGCAAGGAGGUCAGCUUUGAGUUCCGAGACACAUAUUUGUAAAGGUUUUCAAUGCCUCAGAUUAAAUGAAAAAAGUGAUGCUAUGUU